GAUUUCUUUUAAGUCAGGACCGGAAUAAGAUCACCUCCGCCAACCUACCUAGGUUAUUCCCCUAGUCUAUUCUAAAAACCGACACGACCCAAGCGAAGCAAGCUCCUCUGCCUCUACUGCACGUCUCUUUUUUUCCCUUUCCCUUCCCUUCCCUUCCUUUCCUGAAUCCUUGCUCCCUGCUUAUACUCCCUGUUCGCAUUGCGUCGCAGCCAGCCGAAUACAUUCCACACAGGAAAAAAAAAAAAAGAGAGAGGGAGAGGGAGAGGGAGAUGUAUGUGUAUGUGUGAAGAGGAGCAGACGCGCUAAGUACAAUGGGUAUCAUCUCCAGUGAAGGUCUAAAAAGAAUAUCUCCAUACAUAUCCAUGCCCAUAUCCCAUCCCAUCCCAAAUGUACUGAGGGACAUACAUGCACACCAUGCCCAUACAUAUCAACAUCUACAACCGAAGUCGUCCUCCCUCCUCCUCUCACGUCUAACUACAGUCAUUACAUUACACUGCACUACACAUUAUACAAUAUCCAAUAUCCAAUACACCCUACACGCUAUCACUCUGCACUUACAUCCACAUCCACAUACACCUCCCAUCCAUACACUCACAUACGCGACACCAAAAUCGGUCGUCGACUAAUACGUGACUAUCUACGUAAAAUCAACUCCCUCUACCUCCUCCUGCAGCAUUUCCACCCCUUCCCUUGGUUGCUCCUCCACGCACUCACUUGAUUUUCUGAUCUCCCUCCCCCUCUAUUUAUUAUCGACUUAAGCUUUUUCAUUUGGCAAUUGGCCACGAGAGAGAAAAGGAUACUCCCACGGUAUUGCAGCCACCCCACACCUCCUGCCUCAUACAUCAAUUCGUCCGAUUGUUCCCAAAAUCCAAAAUUCAAAAUUCAAAAUUCAAACACGCCUCCAAUACCCGCAAUAAUAUAUCUCUUGACAAGCAUUCGAGCUACCUGAAGUCAAAUUAAACAAAUUCGAUCCACUUCAUACAAUCAUUCAAGGUACACCAAACGAGCCCUUCCUUGACCCUUGCCUGACUCCUCCGAACCCAGAACUUGGAUUUACCUGGAAAAAUACUUAUUAUUCCCAAGAUACGCCAACACUUCACCUUGAUUUAUAUCUCCGUUGUCAAUUUCACGGCCUUGACGAACCUAGUUCUUUGCCCUCAAGAUUUCACCCCACCACGACUCAUCACAAGUCCAUCCUUUGCCCGAAUAUCAUCCCCAGAUUCAAGAAUUUUACCUCUGUACCUCCCCUCGGAAUCCUCCCCAAGCUCUUGCAACCUUUUCCACGGAAGUUGCACAUCAACACAGAUUGUUCGGUGCAUGCUGCAGCUCACCGUCCACGUCAGUUAGUCACGAACAUUUCGCAUCUGCAGUAUUACCUCAGUAUAUGUCUCGUCCUUCUUGUCUCAGUCUGCUUCGGAAGUAGCGCAAACCAAGCCAUCUUACCAACUCUCAAGAACAGCGGCCCUCGUUAUUCUUCCGACAACGCUCUUCGUGCAUAACCCGGGACCGGAAGCUCUAGAGUCCCAUUUAAACUUCUUGGAUUCAGGUCUUGUUUGAAGUUCUGAAAUUCUUUCCGGGCAGGUUAGUUCCAGCCAAUGUUAGGUAUUAAGGAAGCAAUAUACUGAAUGAAGCUAUAGCAUUGUCAAACAAAUAGGAAAUCGAAAUUACAUACCCUCUUCAUUUUCCAAAGGGUAUCCCGCUUGGGAAAUAGCCCGGCGCAUCGUAUAUAAACCUUUGAGAAGGCACUGUGCUGUCAUCAAAACAGCGUUGACCUUCCUGAGGAUUUUGCAACCUCACGAGGACACGAUCAUUUCCAUGCAAUCUCCAACGAACCAAGUCGAUCAUUCAAUUAUCUCGCUCGGUGAACGGCGAGGAAAAUCAGACCUGGCUCGUUUUUCUCUUGAUUUGAGUUGGGCCAGAGCGGUACCAGACGGAGCUCAGUCUUGGGCAUACCCCUCUCCGCCCAUGUCAGGGUCUCCUCCACUUCCCGGUAGACACAACCUGGAUUCCAGCGAUCGCGGUCAUGGAAGCUAUGGGUCAACGGGAAAUGUCUUCCGAGAUGGACGCGUUUCUCAACAAGAACAUUUUAAUCAGAUGAGAGGUGGUGUGCCUUUGAGGAAUUACCAGCCGGAACCUCAGCUCUCAUAUCCACAAUACCAGAUGGAAGACAUGUCGGCCCAAUACCAAUAUCAACAAGCUCGGCCGCAGAUGGCGCCCCAUCAACACCCUCAUGCUCUAUAUGCCGCCCAACAAGUUGCGCCAUAUCCCGCAUUGGAACGGCAAUCAAUCGGGGAAGCCCCCGGCUACACUUCUCCGAAGUCACAGAGAAAAACUAAAGGGCAUGUGGCAUCUGCUUGUGUGCCUUGUAAAAGGGCCCAUCUUAGAUGUGACGCUCAACGACCAUGUUCGAGAUGUUUAAGCAAUGGGAAGGAGGAUACGUGUGUGGAUGUUCAACAUAAAAAGAGGGGGCGUCCAAGGCUGAGAGAUGAGCGCGAGCCUCGAUACGAGGGCGCCGGAUCGAAUUACCCACCACCGGCAGAUACGAUGAGAAGACCAAUGCCCAUGUUUUCUACUGGCGACGUUUCGAUUUCGACUCCAUAUUCUGACGCCCAGCGGAAUAGUGGGUAUAGAGUGCUCAAGUCGCAAGGCGGAAACCCAAUGAACCACUCAAUGGUUCCCACACCAAUAAAUACUAACGUUUAUGGGGAGGCGAUGUCGACAAAUCAGCGCAUGGUACCUUAUGAACCGGCAUGUGCAUUUCUCACCAUGGAAAUGCAAAUCGCCAAAACAACGCAGGCUUUUUCGGGAGUGGUCGGUGCACACUCAGUCGUGGGGAGAAAGUUACAUGAUAUUGUGAGUGUUAGCGAUCGAGAUAAAAUUUUCCGAUUACAGAGCGGAUUCGAAGAUGAGCGACGAAGCCGAGAUCCAAGUUACCUCCCUCCGAUAUUUUCGAAAGAGGAAGAAGAUAGAGUGAUCCAGUCCUUGACAUUUGCGCCCAACGAAAUGCAGCAAUUGAGGACCGAUCGACCGGAAGUCUUUACGUUCCAGACACCGGAUGGUCAACAAAGGGGCUUCCACGUGCAAUUGGGUCUCGCGAAAAAGGAUUCGAUCUAUUUUGUGCUUCUGGUGGUUCAUAUCCCAACCACGCCGCAAGCAUUCCAACAAUCAUCCUCGCCAUAUUCAAGAGACUCCUUGUCUCGGGACUCCACAUAUGCAUACCAAACCCCAAGCCAAAUAUCAUAUGCCUCUCAAACCCCAGGAACAUCGCCGUUCAUGUCGAAUCCUCCCUUUGGGAGCGACAUGUUAGCAUAUCGAAAUUCGGGACCCCCAUCACAAACCGUUGCCAUGCCAAAUAAUAAUUCUUCAUAUGGACAACUUCCUACCAGAGCACCGGAGUAUUCUCGCGCUCAAAUGAGUUACCCGCAAGCGCCCAUGGGUGACAUUUUAUCAGGCCAAGGGCAACCCCAAACACAAGCACCACAGCCACAAGCACAAGCACCCUCACAAACCCAAACGCAAGCUCAAAGUCAACGAGCCUCGGAUCUGCAACUCCCUCCCAUACGGGGACAAGCACCUUCGAUUGAUGUUAGGGGACAGGGCGAUCGUAGUAGUCGGGUAGAUAUCGGUGGACUCCUGCAAAAUCCGGAUCCCUCUCGAAGAAGGAAAUAAAUAAAAUAAAUCAAACAAGCGGGCGGGCCGGCAGGCGCCAUUUAAUUAAUCAUUCAACGCCAUGUGCAAAUCUCUCUAUCUCUCUCUCUCUCUCUCUAACUUCCCAAUCUUAUGAUUAUUUUUGAGAAACGAAAAAAAAUUAAUAUCUCAUUUAUGGCAGAUUGGACUGGAUUUAUAUUGGAAUUGGAUUUGAAACGGAUCGGAUUGAUGCGAUGCGUUUGGGAUUGAAACGGAUUUGGAACGGAUUUGUUUUGGAACGAACGGGAGGGGAAACAUUCGCUUCGCCUUGCUUCACCGCUCGUAUUUACAGCGUCUCCAAUAGGCAGGCAGACAUGCAUUUCCAUUUCCAAGACGGGAGUUUAAAGGGGGGACUGGACUGGGAAAUUUGGGGGGGGGACGGUUUUUUCAUCCAUUGUGAUUGUGUCGUUAUUAUCUAUUCAUCCACCUUUCGAUUCUUGUAUUAUAUUAUUUUUAUUUGGCAUUUGGAUUUUGCGUGCAGUAGGAAUGCUUGAAUGCAUGCAGCAAAGCUGAGCCGAAUUGAGCUAAAUUUAUGUUAUGUUAUUUUGUGUUGUGUUGUGUUGUGUUAUUCUUAUCCUCUGUUGUCUUGUCUUGUCUUGUCUUGUCUUUGGGGAAAAUCAUGCGCGCAUAAAUUUAUACACACAUACAUACAUUCAUUCAUAAUUGUUUGUUGGCGUUGUUAUUGUUGUGUAUUAUUUAUUUUGUAGCGGGGGUUUUGCGUGUUUUGUGCGAUGUUUUCUUGAGGCGGGGGAUAUAGGGAAGUGGAAUCAAAUGGAAUGGAAUUUCGUAUGAGAUGAUGGAUUCGUUGUAUAGGUAGGUAGGUAGGUGGUGGAUUGUGAUUGUGGGGGAGACUUUUUCAUAUAUGUUUGCGAAAAUCAUGAUGCAGAUGCGGAAUGCGGGCGUUUGAUUGGGUUGGUUUGCUUUUGUUUGUUGGGUAUAUAUGUACGUGGAUGUGGAUGCGGAUGUGGAUGUGGAUGUGGAUGUGGAUUUUUCUUAUUGUAGGCGGAUAUGGAGGGAGGGGGUUGUUUCGUGUGUGUGUUUGUGGUAUUUUCUCAUCCUCGUUCUCUUGGUCUUGUAUCUGAGUGUGUGGGAAUAGAAUGCAGGGUGUAUGAUAUUUUGGUCCUGUUUCUUGGGUUGUUCGUUUGUUUGUUGAGUGAGUGAGUGAUUGGGUUUUCGUUUUUGAUUUUUGAGAUUUGGGCUAAGGGAUAGAUUGACGGGAGGAUGGAUGGGAAGAAAUUGGGAUUUGGGUAAGGAAAUGGGAUUGGGAUCGCGAUUGGAAAUGGGCAUGGAGAUGGGAAAUGGGUAUGAGGAUUUGGAAUGGAAAUGGGAUUUGGAUUUAGGUUGAAGUUUGGUGGAUGGACGGGAGGAAAGGGCUGAGAGCAUUUAUGGAAUGAUGAGAUGAUAGUGAUGGUGAUAGGCAAGUGAGAAGGAAGGGGUGGUUGAGUAUAAAAUUGAGUAUAGAUUGAAUUUAGAUAGAUGAUGAUAAAAAUGAUAUUUGAGAAAUGAUGUUUGAUAGUAAAGAUGAUGGAGAUAAUAGGAAUAUAAAAUUGAGAGAUUUUUUACA